AUGUACGAAUAUCAGUCGAAGCAGGACCCCCCGCGACCCGUUGAUUUUCCCUAUCAAGUCGGCCGCUCCUUUUCCAUUCGACGGCAUCGCGCGCCACCGCCGUUUGGACAGAGGUACCGCAUUUCCCCCGGCCUGCGAAAGCACACCCAUUUUGGCAGGGAUCCAGCACUGUCCAAGCUCUCGAACCUCGAGCGGUGCCUCCGCCACCCACCCCAAGAGCGGCCGCCUGACGAGGACGAGGACGGCGAAGAAGACGACGGCAAAGACGGCAACGAACCUGACUACGACAAGGUCUACACACUCCAAAUCACCGAGGAGAUCGUCGCGCGCGUGGGCCACGGGGCCCAGAUUCUGCGGUGUCGCGUCGACGGCGAGGGCGACAACAAGGACAAUUACGUGGCCAAGAUCUACGAUGGCGCGUACUUCAACGAAGACGAUGGCUGGUUUGGCGACGUGUCGUUUGACGCCGACCACGAGUACAGCGUCGAGGUGGCUGCGUACGAACAUCUGAACGGCGAGGGGGCCGAUGGCCGAUACACGCCGUGCUACUACGGGUCGUACACAUUCGAGCUGCCCGUACCAAAGGACGAGUCUGGGCACGCGGACCGCCCGCCGACGCGGCCUGUCCGUCUCAUCAUCAUCGAGUACAUUGCCGGCACCAGCAUGUUUGCCCUCCUGAAACGCGGCGUGGUCGACACGAUCCCCGUCCCGCGCCGCCUCGAGCUGAUGGCCGAUGCCAUGGAGAGCCGAUGCCAGCUUGACUUUUUGGGACUGGCCCAUAACGACUUUGAGCCGCGCAAUGUGUUGGUUUUGGAUGCGGCUCUGCGCGAAGACGACGAGGCCGGGCAGUGCGUGGUCAUCGUCGACCUUGGCCGGUCGUACAUUGUUGACUCGUAUUGGCUGUCGCCGAAAUACGUGCGGCCACGACAGCCCAAGCCGAUAAGCCCAAUGUACGUUUUCUGGGGCUCCCCUCUCAAUUCAUUCGCGGCAUGGAUCCCGCACGUCUACCACCGGCGCUGGCCGGCGUUCAACGGCUGGUUGAAACACCGCUGGGGCAGUACGGCCGACGACGAGGACAAGUAUUAUGUGCCCCGCGGCGCGGUCCACCGUGAAACUCGAAGAUACGACGACGAAACGGAGUACAUUCCUCCCGAAUCGAUUCCGCUCGUCGAGGACCCGAUUCCCGGCAAGAUUGUGCGCUCGCUGGAUCCCGACUAUGAAAAAAAGGUGAGGGAAUCGUGGAACUGA